AUGCCCAAAGACAAGCGAAAACGCCCCUCGGGCGCCGACUCCUCGCCCUAUGCCAAACCCACCUCCGCCAAAGCCUCGGCCGCGCACUCCAUCUUCAAAAUGGACAAAGAUCUCGGCCAGCACAUUCUCAAGAACCCCGGUGUCGCUAGCGCUAUUGUGCAGAAAGCCUUCCUUAAGCAGUCCGACCAUGUCCUCGAAGUCGGUCCGGGAACGGGAAAUCUGACGGUGCUUAUACUGAAAGCUGCCAAAGCGGUGACGGCCGUGGAAAUGGAUCCGCGUAUGGCUGCCGAAUUGACGAAGCGUGUCCAAGGGACACCCGAGGCAAAGAGGCUCAAAGUUAUGCUGGGCGAUGUCAUCAAGACAGAACUCCCGCAUUUCGAUGUGUGCAUCAGCAACACGCCAUACCAGAUUUCGUCGCCGCUGGUUUUCAAGCUGCUUAGCUUGCCGAGUCCGCCGCGCAGUUGCAUUCUCAUGUUUCAGCGGGAGUUCGCGAUGAGGUUGUUUGCCAAGCCCGGAGAAAAGCUGUACAGUCGGUUGAGUGUGAACGUCCAGAUGUGGGCAAAAGUCAGCCAUAUAAUGAAGGUUGGGCGGAAUAACUUCAAUCCGCCGCCGCUGGUGGAGUCGAACGUUGUGCGCAUCGAGCCGAAGUUUCCACGGCCGCAGAUUGCGUAUGAGGAGUGGGAUGGCUUGCUCAGGAUUGCGUUCGUGCGCAAGAACAGGACGCUGAGAGCAAGUUUCUUGGGCACGGCCGCUGUCGUGGAGUUGUUGGCGAGCAACUACCGCCUCUUUUGCGCGCAGAACAACAUUGAACUCGACGACUCGCCAGUUGGUCCCGAAGACGAGGUGGAAGCCAUGGAAGUCGACGCCGCUGAAGAAGAGUUCAAUGGUUUCUCCGACCCCGACGAUCCGGAUGACGAGCUGCCCGACUUUUUCAAGCAGAUGCAGGCGGAGGGCAAAAAGAAGAAUGGUUUGAACAGAAAGAAGAAGGGAAGAGUCAGUGAGUUGGUGCGAGAAAAGGUCAGAAAGGUUCUAGAGGACGAUACGGAGCUGGCAGACAAGCGAGCGAGAAUGUGUGAUGAGGGUGAUUUCUUGAAGCUGUUGUAUGCGUUCAAUCAGGAGGGCAUACACUUCAGCUAG